AUGGCAACUGUUGGGGAGAACGGUAAUAGUGAUGGCGGUGAGGCGCCGGAAAGGAGUCCGGUCGUUGAGGUACCGCCGGUACCGGAGCUACCACCACCCGCCGACCUGUACAACGCGGACCGUGUGGAAACGUUCAAGGGUGAGCUGUUGGAGUUUCUCGGUGAGCUUGUGCCGCCGGGCGAACCGCCGUGGGAUAUCGGUUUGAUCGAAGGGUACGGCCGUGGGCUGGUGGCGACCCGCGACAUCGCGGUCCACGAGCUGGUGUUUGUAGACCGGCCCGUGCUGGUGGGACCGCGCGUCAACAACUACGAGGUGAUCUUCUGUGCCAGCUGUUGCUGUAUAUUGCGCCGACUGCAGCUGUGCACCGGUGGGUGCCGGUUGCCCAUCUGCAGCCGGUGCGACUACUCGGUCGGGGCGGCAUCACCGCACGCGGCCGAAUGCCGGCUGAUACAGAGCUGGCAGCCGAAGGAUGCCGGACGCUACUCGAAGAACAUCCUGUACGCGCUCACCUCGAUCCGGGGCUUCCUGCUAUCCGACCGGGACCGUUCGAUCGUGCUGCAGAUGGAGGGCCAUCCGCCGCGCAAGGAGAUGACGACCGAGAUCGAACGGUUGCUGAAGGAUGGCUACUUCUGGAACCUGGACGGCGAGGGACCAGCGGUACGGUACCUGCGCCAGGUGGUGAACGUGCUCAACACGAACGCGUUCGAGACGAGCCGGAUCGUCGCGGACGAGGAGAACAACCAUCACGAGAUAAUACUGCGCGGUCUGUACAUACUCGGUGCGCUGAUGAACCACUGCUGCCGGCCGAAUGUACGCUACGUGUUCGACGAUCAGCUCCGGAUGCGGGUCCACGCCUCGCGCCCAAUCAAAAAAGGUGAACAGAUCAUGAACAACUACUCGAAAAUUCUGUGGGGCACCCAGCACCGCAUCAUUCACCUGUGCUUCUCCAAGAACUUUCUCUGCAGCUGCGACCGUUGCAAGGAUCCGACGGAAUCCGGCACCUACCUUGGCGCUCUAAAAUGCGUGCGAGAAAGCUGUCCCGAGGGUCGCCUGCUCCCAAUCAACCCGCUCAAAAUCUCCUCCCUGUGGCGAUGCGAUCGGUGCAAUCUGAAGAUGGACAACAUAAAGGCGAGCAAGAUCCAGGAGAUUGCCGGCCGCAUGAUACUGAACAACGCGAUCAAACGUGAGGCCAGCUACAUCAUCGACUACCUGAACGACCACAUCGUGAAGUUCCUGUUGCCGACGAACCAGUUUACGGUUGAGCUGAAGCUGCAGGCGAUCAAGAAGAUUCAGCCCGACCGACCGCUGGCAGAGCUGCGCGAAAAGGAGAAGUAUUGCGUAGAGAUACUGGACGUGCUGCACCGUCUCAACUACGGCGAGUGUUUCGUCAAGGGUGUGCUCUGCUACGAGCUGUUCGUAACGCGCGUUACGAUUGCUAAGCUUCUGAACGAAAGUGAUAUCGCAACGGAGACACCCGACCUGGAACAGCUGCGUACCGCCUGGAAGAUACUCAACCCGAGCGGUAACCGACCGAAGGACAUUCAGCAACUGGUUGUGAAAUACGGGAUCGAGUGA